AUGUCGCUCGCGCGUGGACGACCGAGCGCGCGACCGCGUGGGAUGAUGACGUCGCGCGCGCGCGUAGAAGGGGGGGACGGCGCGCGCGCGACGGUGGUGCGACCGCGCGCGAGCGCGGAUCGCGAGCACGGGUCGUUGAAAAAGUCGAGGAUCGGAUUGUGCGGAUUGGCCGUCAUGGGACAAAAUUUAGCGCUGAACGUCGCCUCGAAAGGGUUCGAUAUCAGCGUGUAUAAUCGAAGCGGUGAUAAGACGGAGACGUGCGUGGAGCGGGCGAAGAAGGAGGGCCUGGGAGAGAAGCUGCGAGGAUAUCAAGACGUGGGAGAUUUCGUGGACAGCUUGGCGAAACCGCGAUGCGUGAUAAUCUUAGUGAAAGCCGGCGCGCCGGUGGACGCGACGAUUGAGAAAUUGUCGCAGUUUCUCGAACCGGGUGAUUGUAUCAUUGACGGCGGGAACGAGUGGUACGAGAACACGGAACGACGAGCGAGGGAGGUCGCGGAGAAAGGCUUGCUGUACAUCGGCAUGGGCGUGAGCGGCGGCGAGGAGGGCGCGCGCAACGGACCGAGCAUGAUGCCCGGGGGGUCGAGAGAGGCGUACGAUAUCAUCGCCGAUAUCUUAAAGCCGGUGAGCGCGCAGACGGACUCGGGGGCGUGCGUGACCUACAUCGGUCCGGGCGGCGCCGGGAAUUUCGUAAAGAUGGUGCACAACGGCAUCGAGUACGGCGACAUGCAGUUGAUCUCCGAGGCGUACGACGUUUUAAAAACUGUGGGCGGUCUCACCAACGAAGAGCUCAUGGCCGCGUUCGACGACUGGAACAAAGCUGAGCUCGAGUCGUACCUCAUCGAGAUCUCAUCCAUAAUCUUGGGCAAGAAGGAUGACCAGCCUGGCGCGAGCGGCUUCUUGGUGGACAAAAUCUUGGACAAAACCGGGAUGAAGGGCACCGGUAAGUGGACGGUGCAACAAGCCGCCGAGUUGUCCGUCGCCGCACCGACCGUCGCGAGCUCUCUCGACGCUCGAUUUUUGUCCGGUUUGAAGGAUGAGCGCGUCGCCGCCGAGGCGUUUUACGCCAAGCUCGGCUUGGCGCCCGCCACCGCCAUGGGCGCGGCCGAUAAGAAGCAACUCAUCAAGGACGUUCGAUACGCGUUGUACGCUUCCAAGGUGAUGUCUUACGCGCAAGGCAUGAACUUGAUUCGCGCUAAAUCGAACGAGCAGGGAUGGGACCUGGACCUUGGCGAGAUGGCUCGCAUCUGGAAGGGUGGUUGCAUCAUCCGCGCCGGCUUCUUGGACCGCAUCAAGAGCGCUUACGACCGCGACGCCAAGCUUCCGUCGCUUCUCAUGGAUGAGCAAUUCGCCAAGGAGGUGAUCGAGCGCGAAGGCGCGUGGCGACGCGUCGUGACGUCCGCCAUCGCCGCGGGUGUCGCCGUGCCGUCGAUGAGCGGGUCCCUGGCGUACUUUGAUGCGUACCGCCGCGCGCGUUCGCCGGCGAACCUCGUCCAAGGCCAGCGCGACUUCUUUGGUUCGCACACGUACGAACGCACCGACAUGGAGGGAUGGUAUCACACCCUCUGGAGCGACGCCAAUAGCGCGGACAGCAUCACGACUUCCGGGUACAAGGCGUAG